GUCAGGAGGUAGCUGAUGAUUGGCACCUUCGCGUUUCCUCUCUGGGCGGAGGAGUUUUGGCCCUGGGAGGCCACCGUUUCGCAGCGAUUCUGGCACCACCAGCAUGGCGGUGGCGUUGUCAAUGUCAGCGGCUCGGAGGCAGCUUGUGAGGGGGAGAGGCGCGUUCGCUGCCUGCCUGACUCCGGCCAGGUCUUGCACUGCAGGUCACUGAGCACUUCCACAUGGCGGCUGGCACACGACCAAGCUCAAGACACGCAACUCAUCACAGUUGAUGAAAAAUUGGAUAUCGCUCCUUUAACUGGCAUUCCAGAGGAGCACAUAAAAACCAGAAAAGUUCAGAUUUUUGUCCCAGCACGUAAUGCCAUGCAGGCCGGUGUCAACAACACGAAGAAAUGGAAGCUAGAAUUUGAUACCAGAGAGCGCUGGGAAAAUCCUUUAAUGGGCUGGGCAUCUACUGCUGAUCCUUUGUCCAACGUGGUUCUAGCUUUCUCUACUAAAGAAGAUGCUAUUGCCUUUGCUGAAAAAAAUGGCUGGAGCUAUGAUGUUCAAGAGAGGAGGAUUCCAAAGCCUAAAUCCAAGUCUUACGGUGAAAACUUUUCUUGGAACAAAAGAACAAGGGUGUCCACGAAAUAGGUUGGCAUUGGCUAUCUCUCUGUCUGACUGUGAAUAAAGUCAGCUGUGCUGUAUUUAUAGUCUAUGUAUAAUACAUCUCUUAAUCUCCUAAUAAAUUUGACCUUUAAACUACA